AUGAAGAAGAAGGAUAAAAGUUACUUUGAAACCCCAAUGGACAACCACAACACUUUUAGUUCACUGGAUAAUGUCAUGACUAACCAAAAUCCUCUUCGCAUGGAUUUUAUACCUUCAAGAGAAGAUUCAACAAUGCUUCUUCCAUGGAACUCCAUCAGAUCAUCAGAUCCUUUACAAAUGGGUGGAUUUGAUAUCUUCAAUUCUUUGCUCACUAACAAGUACUUAUCAUCUACUACUUCAAGUUCUAUCAAUGUUCAAGAAAACCGCAAUAUCGAAAGCUUUCAAGUCAUGGCUCCUCCUCCACUUCAUCAUUUGGAUCAUUUAAGACCUUAUGAUGAUUCCUCAAACAACAUGUGGAGUUUUGGAGGAAAUACUGAGUUUCAAGCAUAUUCAUGCGUAGAAGGUGAUGUUGGUCCAAGUGAGCCAAUAAUGUCUACAUUCGGCGAAGAAGAUUUCCCGUUUCUGCUUUCGAAUAAACGAAACGAGCUUUCUCUGAGUCUUGCCACCGAUGUUUCUGAUGAGUGCUCGGAGAUAAGUCUUUGUGCUGCUACUAAAUCUACUAGAAUAGCCUCAGAGCAAGCUUCUUGCAGCAGCAACAAAGACAUUUCUAAUAAUGUCUCUCAAGUUAUAUUUGGCUCAAAGUACCUUCACUCUGUUCAAGAAAUACUAUCCCAUUUCGCUACUUACUCGCUUGAUGGCUUGGAGAAUAAUCCUCAACGUUUUCAUUCAGGGGCUGCUAAUUCAGCCUUUAACUCAUGUUAUGAUAAUGUAACAGAGUUUAUUGAUGACGGUUUUAAUAGCUCGGAGGCGGGUUUGGGAUCUACAUCGCAAAGACAAGCAUUAGAAGCAAAGAAAAAUGAGAUUCAUACGGUUGUAUCAGCGUUCCAUGCAGCAACCGAGUUAGAUCCACAGUUACACACUCGGUUUGCAAUCCAAACCAUCUCAUUCUUAUACAAGAACUUGAGAGAGAGAAUCAGCAAGAAGAUACUUGCGAUGGGAUCGGUUUUAGAGAGAGGCAAAGAGAAGUCUCAAGAGAACUCUAUGUUCCACCAGCAAUGCCUUCUUCAGCAGCUGAAACGUAAGAACCAUCAGAUUUGGAGACCGCAACGAGGUUUGCCUGAGAAAUCGGUCUCGGUUCUACGGACUUGGAUGUUCCAAAACUUCCUUCACCCUUACCCGAAAGAUUCGGAGAAACAUCUUCUUGCUAUACGAAGUGGAUUGACAAGAAGCCAGGUAUCAAACUGGUUCAUAAACGCGCGGGUUAGGCUAUGGAAGCCGAUGAUAGAAGAGAUGUACGCGGAAAUGAACAAGAGGAAGCUGAAUAGUACUCAACUUCAAGGAAAUGGAGCAAGUCAUAGAAUGACAAAGUCCAUUAUGAUGAGCCAAGAAAGGGACAAAUAA